AGUGCGCUACUUGCCGGGCUUGCCGCGGGCAUCUUCCCGUGCCUGGUAUCCUCCCGUGCCGGUACCGAAGGGGCCUGGCAUGUGUCUGACAUGUUCCUCCGCGGUUGGUCCGCAGUCGGCAGCCAUGGAUACGAAAGAUGCCAUGGAUACGGUGUUGGGAGGUUCUGAGACGUUCCGAGGCUAUUCGAUGUUCUGCCGUGCGGUGACGUGGAGGUCGAUUUCCGCUCGAUUUCCGCCGUCCGUAAGUGGACAAAUGUGGGUACAGUUUGGACAAAAGUGGGUCAAAACAUAGACAAAAGUGGGUACAUGAACAAAUUAGUUGACGGCGGUGGGUAUACCCACCGCGAUGUCGGACAGAAGUGGGCACU